CGGACGGCUGGACUCCAUCUCCCAGCGGGCUGAGCGCGAAAGGCGGCGGCGCAGCGCCUUUGUGGCGGUAGCGGCCCGGCGCGGAGGAAGUUCCGGUCUCCGCGGCGCUGGAUCGGUGGCGGUGGCUGAAGAGAGGGAGGAGUGGGCCCGGGGGCUGCUCUUCCUCGGUGCUGCUAUAACCAGAGUUUGAUAGAACAAGGAUCUACUUAUUGGAGCCUUCUUGACAUAGAAAGAGAUGUGGGGGGAUUCUCGAUCUGCUAAUAGAACAGGACCUUUUCGUGGGAGCCAAGAAGAAAGGUUUGCUCCCGGGUGGAACAGGGAUUAUCCUCCUCCUCCCCUUAAGAGUCAUGCUCAAGAGAGACACUCUGGCAACUUUCCUGGCAGAGAUUCACUUCCCUUUGAUUUCCAGGGGCAUUCAGGAACUCCCUUUGCAAAUGUAGAGGAACAUUCUUUCAGCUAUGGAGCUAGAGACGGACUGCAUGGUGACUAUCGAGGAGGGGAGGGACCUGGACGUGAUUUUAGGGGGGGAGAUUUUUCAUCUUCUGAUUUCCAGAGCAGGGAUUCAUCACAGUUGGACUUCAGGGGUAGGGACAUACAUGCUGGGGAUUUUCGGGAUAGAGAAGGACCACCUAUGGACUAUAGGGGUGGGGAUAGUACUUCUAUGGAUUAUAGAAGUAGGGAGAUGUCUCACAUGAACUACAGAGACAGGGAUGCUCACACUGUUGAUUUCAGAGGUAGGGAUGCUCCUUCUGACUUCAGGGGUCGGGGUGCUUAUGAUUUAGAUUUUAGAGGCCGGGAUGGAUCCCAUGCAGAUUUUAGGGGAAGGGAUUUAUCAGAUUUGGAUUUCAGGGCCAGAGAUCAGUCCCGUUCGGAUUUUAGGAAUAGAGAUGUAUCUGAUUUGGACUUCAGGGACAAAGAAGGAACACAGGUGGACUUUAGAGGCCGAGGUUCAGGUCCUACUGAUCUAGACUUUAGGGACAGGGAUACCCCACGUUCAGAUUUCAGAGGUAGGCAUCGGUCCAGGACUGAUCAAGAUUUUAGGGGCAGAGAGGUGGGAUCUUGUAUGGAAUUUAAAGAUAGGGAGAUGCCCCCUGUGGAUCCAAAUAUUUUGGAUUACAUUCAGCCCUCUACACAAGAUAGAGAACAUUCUGGUAUGAAUGUGAACAAGAGAGAAGAAUCCACACAUGACCAUACAACAGAAAGGCCUGCUUUUGGCAUUCAGAAGGGAGAAUUUGAGCAUUCAGAAACAAGAGAAGGAGAAACACAAGGUGCAGCCUUUGAACAUGAGUCGCCAUCAGACUUUCAGAACAGCCAAAGUCCACUUCAAGAUCAAGACAUGUCACAGCUUUCUGGAGGUGAACAACAGAGUUCAGAUGCUGGUCUGUUUAAAGAAGAAAGUGGUCUGGACUUUCUUGGCCGGCAAGACACUGAUUACAGAAGCAUGGAGUACCGUGAUGUGGAUCACAGGCUGCCAGGAAACCAGAUAUACGACUAUGGCCAGAACAAGUCUUUUCCUGAGGGCAAAACUGCCCGAGAUGCCCAAUGGGACCUCCAGGAUCAAGAUUACAGGACUGGCCCAAGUGAGGAGAAACCAAGCAGGCUUAUUCGAUUAAGUGGGGUGUCUGAAAACACCACAAAGGAAGAGAUUCUUAACGCCUUUCGGACUCCCGAUGGCAUUCCUAUAAAGGACUUGCAGUUGAAGGAGUAUACCACAGGUUACGACUAUGGCUAUGUCUGCGUGGAGUUUUCACUCUUGGAAGAUGCCAUCGGAUGCAUGGAGGCCAACCAGGGAACUCUAAUGAUCCAUGACAGAGAGGUCACCCUCGAGUAUGUACCAAGUCCAGAUUUUUGGUACUGCAAACGGUGUAAGGCCAACACUGGUGGACUCCAAUCUUCAUGUUCGUUCUGCAAGGGUCCAAGGGAAGAGGUAAAGCAGGAAUUAAUAUCAUACCCUCAGCCUCAGAAAACAUCUGUACCAGCACUGUCAGAAAAACAGCCCAACCAGCCCCCACGGUCAGCUGAUAAGGAACCUGAAUCCAAGAAGUGGGAAGAAGGACAAGAACCACGCUUGGGGCACCAGAAGAGAGAAGCAGAAAGGUAUCUGCCUCCUUCUCGAAGGGAAGGGCUUGCCUUCCGAAGAGACCGAGAGAAGGAGCCAUGGUCUGGGGAAACACGCCAAGAUGGAGAGAGCAAAACAAUCAUGCUGAAACGCAUCUAUCGUUCCACUCCACCUGAGGUGAUAGUGGAAGUGCUGGAGCCCUACGUCCACCUUACUACUGCCAAUGUCCGCAUUAUCAAGAACAGAACCGGCCCCAUGGGCCACACCUAUGGCUUUAUUGACCUCGACUCCCAUGCGGAAGCUCUUCGUGUAGUGAAGAUUUUGCAGAACCUUGAUCCACCAUUUAGCAUUGAUGGGAAGAUGGUAGCUGUAAACCUGGCCACCGGAAAACGAAGAAAUGAUUCUGGGGACCAUUCUGACCACAUGCACUACUAUCAGGGUAAGAAGUAUUUCCGAGAUAGGAGGGGAAGUGGCAGAAAUUCAGACUGGUCUUCAGAUUCAAAUCGACAAGGACAGCAGUCAUCAUCUGACUGCUACAUAUAUGAUUCUGCCACUGGCUACUAUUAUGACCCCUUGGCAGGAACUUACUAUGACCCUAACACCCAGCAAGAAGUCUAUGUGCCCCAGGACCCUGGGUCACCUGAGGAAGAAGAGAUCAAGGAAAAGAAACCUACCAGCCAAGGAAAGUCAAGUGGCAAGAAGGAAACAUCUAAAAGAGAUGGCAAGGAGAAGAAAGACAGAGGUGUAACAAAGUUUCAGGAAAAUGCCAGUGAGGGGAAAGCUCCCCCAGAAGAUGUCUUUAAGAAGCCCCUGCCUCCCACUGUGAAGAAGGAAGAGAGCCCCCCUCCACCUAAAGUGGUAAACCCACUAAUUGGUCUCCUGGGUGAAUAUGGAGGAGACAGUGACUAUGAGGAGGAAGAGGAGGAGGAGCAGACCCCUGCCCCGCAGCCUCGCACAGCACAGCCCCAGCAGAGAGAGGAGCUGACCAAAAAGGAGAAUGAAGAAGACAAACUCACUGACUGGAAUAAACUGGCUUGUCUGCUGUGCAGAAGGCAGUUUCCCAAUAAGGAAGUUCUCAUCAAACACCAGCAGCUUUCAGACCUGCACAAGCAAAACCUGGAAAUCCACCGGAAAAUUAAACAGUCUGAACAGGAGCUAGCCUAUCUGGAGAGAAGAGAACGGGAGGGCAGGUUUAAAGAAAGAGGAAAUGAUCGCAGGGAAAAGCUCCAAUCUUUUGAUUCUCCAGAACGGAAACGGAUUAAAUACACCAGGGAAACUGACAGUGAUCGUAAACCUGUGGGUAAAGAAGGUAUCGACAAUAGCAGCAAAGGAGGUUGUGUCCAGCAGGCCACUGGCUGGAGGAAGGGUACGGGCUUGGGAUAUGGCCAGCCUGGCUUGGCUUCAGCAGAGGAGACUGAAGGCCGGGUGAGGGGACCCAGUGUGGGGACCGCAGGAAGAACUAGCAAGAGACAGUCCAAUGAGACGUACCGAGAUGCUGUGCGGAGAGUGAUGUUUGCUCGGUAUAAAGAACUCGAUUAAAAAACGGAGACAAGUCCCACAGGACACACCCUCCUUCUUGUUUUGUUUGUCCGUCUCCUUUUGUUUUGUUACUGUUCUUGCUGCUAGAACUUUUUUAAAUAAACUUUUUUUCAAUGUGAUUAUUUUUUGUUAAAUGUUUCUCCCGAAGAUGGGUGGGAGGUGGAGCUGAUGGUGGGAGAGAGGGAGUACCUUGAUGUGGGCUCAUUUGCGAUAAUGCUGAAAUGGCAGCAAGUAGUACGGUGAGCCCUGCUGUCAAUGUGAGUGGUUGGGUUGCAGUGACCUUUGAACCCUAGCUUUUGUGAGUGCUGUCAGAUUUUUUAAAGUUAUUUUUCUAAUCUUGUCGAUGAAAAUUAGCGUCUCUUUAUUGUUUGUUUUUGAUAACUACUGGGGUUGAACAUGUUUCCAUGUUUGGUUUACUACUCAUUAGAACUUUGAAAGUCCUCUUCUGAUAUCCCCAUUGUUAUGGAGACAGUGGACAACUUUUCCUGAGUGCCUGCUGAGUGCUCAGUGCUUUUACACAUUCUGAUCACCCGGACAAGUUGGCAUAAUAGGCUUUACUAUUCCCUUCUAGCCACUGCCCCAGCUCCUCUUCCCUCCAUAGCUAAAACUCUCUAAAGAGGUAUUUGUACCCUCUUUCUCAGUUUCCCCACCAUCAUCACUCAUACCAUUUCACAGAAUUUUGCUUCAAAAGUGAGGUGGUUUGUUUUUUUUCGUUUUUGUUUUUUUUUUUUUUCUCCAAUUAAAAGGACCGUAUUCUAUGAACCCAUUAUAUAUAUUUUUCCCAAAUAAUUCCUCAAGGUAACAUGUUACAGUUGUAAGAACUGUAGUUUGCAGUUGUCUCAGGAAAAAUGCUUCUUAAGAAGAGAA